GAGAGAGAGAGAGAGGGAGAGAGAGAGCAGAGGGAGUGAUAUUUAUAGCCUCAAGCGGAGCUGCAGUACAGAGAUAAGGCUUGGUACCGAGCCGCAGGCAGACAGACAGGGCUUAGGAAACCAAGAGGACGCGUCGGAAAAAAUGAAGCAGCUCCUGUCGCUGGUGUUAUUCGGGGCCGCAGUGGCCGCCGCGGCGAGCGCAGCCGGUACCGACGGCGAGAUCUCCUUCGAGUACCACCGGUACGAGGAGCUGCGCAAGGCGCUGGUGUCCGUGUGGCUGCAGUGCCCGACCAUCACCCGCAUCUACACCAUCGGGGAGAGCUUCGAGGGCCGCGAGCUGCUGGUGCUGGAGAUGUCCGACAACCCCGGGACGCACGAGCCUGGCGAGCCAGAGUUUAAGUACAUCGCCAACAUGCACGGCAACGAGGCCGUGGGCCGGGAGCUGCUCAUCUACCUGGCCCAGUACCUGUGCAACCAGUACCAGCAAGGCAACGAGACCAUCAUCGACCUCGUCCACAACACCCGCAUCCACCUCAUGCCCUCCAUGAACCCGGAUGGCUUCGAGAAGGCCGCCUCACAGCCUGGAGAGAUCAAGGACUGGUUUGUGGGCCGCAGUAACGCGCAGGGCGUGGAUCUGAACCGUAACUUCCCCGAUCUGGACCGCAUCAUUUACAUCAACGAGAGAGAGGGCGGAGCCAACAACCACCUGCUGCAGAACAUGAAGAAGGCCGUGGAUGAAAACACCAAGCUGGCUCCAGAGACCAAGGCAGUGAUCCACUGGAUCAUGGAUAUCCCGUUUGUCCUCUCAGCUAACCUGCACGGAGGAGACGUGGUGGCCAACUACCCGUAUGAUGAGACCCGCACUGGAUCCACUCACGAGUACAGCGCCAGUCCGGAUGAUGUGACGUUCAAGUCUCUAGCCAGGUCCUACUCCAUAUACAACCCAGUGAUGUCCGACCCUCACCGAGCCCCCUGCCGCAAGAACGACGACGACUCCAGCUUCAAAGAGGGCAUCACCAAUGGAGGCGCCUGGUACAGCGUGCCAGGAGGAAUGCAGGAUUUCAACUACCUCAGCAGCAACUGCUUUGAGAUCACUCUGGAGCUCAGCUGCGACAAGUUCCCCAGCGAGGACACGCUCAAGGUCUACUGGGAGCAGAACCGCAACUCCCUGGUCAACUACAUCGAGCAGGUUCAUCGUGGGGUCAAAGGCUUCGUGCGUGACCUCCAGGGAAACCCCAUCUCCAACGCCACCAUCUCUGUGGAGGGUAUCGACCAUGACAUGACGACAGCCAAAGAUGGAGAUUAUUGGCGUCUGCUGGCUCCAGGAAACUACAAAGUGGCAGCCACUGCUCCAGGAUACCUGACUGUCAUCAAGAAGGUGGCUGUUCCCUACAGCCCUGCAACCAGGGUGGACUUUGAGCUGGAGUCGCUGAUCGAGAGGAAGGAGGAGGAGCGGGAGGAGCUGAUGGACUGGUGGAAGAUGAUGUCAGAGACACUGAACUUCUAAAGCGUCCGUCCGGUUAACGAUCGGACCGUUCACACAUCGAUAUAUUCAACAUUCUCUGUGCCCGUCCGUUCUUUAAAAAAAGAAGUAGAAUAUAUUGUCUCCUAUUUGUUUUGUUAUCUUUCAAUCAUUAUUUCAAUUGAUUACAUUGUUUAUAAAUGUAUUAACGGUUUGCCUCAUACUGCUGUAGAUUUUUAAAAUAUCCUGCAUGCACACACACACACUCACACACAAUACACACACACAAACACACACACGUACACACACACUGACAGACACAGGAGGCAUUUGCAGGAAGUUUGACGGCAGUUAGAUUGGUGUUUAUUUCUGUGGUGUUUUGUUCUUUAUCGUACACGUGAUUAAUAACCAUAGCACCCAUCUAUAUAACCAAUGAGUGACUGAGUAAUUAUGUAUGUAAAAGAGCUGUUUACAUCUUUACCACAUGGCUCGGUUCAUAAGAAAUAAUCACACCUGUUUUAAAUGUCUCUAUUUCUCAAGGCUUUAGUAAAAAACACACAAACACAGUUUGUCACUUCCCAGUAACUGUAAACACACACACAAAAAACUUUCCUGUGGGUACGACUAUGGUUUUGUGAUAAUCAGAGACAUUGAAAACACUGUAAAACCACUGUAAACAUUAUACUAUCAACAAUCUAUACAGACAAGCUCAUUUCCAUUGUUAUUGGUGUUGAGAAUUACUUUGUUUUUUUAACUGACUACAGCACAGCAUUGAUUUUAGCACAAGGUAAAUGAUUAUAAUAUAAACUGUAUUUAUGACGUAGGGAAGAAGCAAGAACUGUCUGGUUUUUGUACCCAAAAGAAAAAGAAAACAAAGAAAACGAGGCCAUAGCUCCUGUUAAUCAGUUGACCCAAAGCCAUUCCUUUGUAUGUGCACUACACCGGGAAUACUAUGGUACAUGACGGAAGUAGUUUUCGAGGAUAAUUAAUCUGAGUGGACACAACGUUUAGCCGACUGUAUGGAAACAGUUCACCUGGUUUGAGACAAUUCAGAUCAUUUAUUGAAUGUAUAGCUAUUGAAACCUACAAAAUGUAAAGAAUGAACUGAUCAAUAAAACGCCCCUCUUUAUGUUGUCA